AUGGAAAACCAACACACAAGAGAUGAGUUCCAGAACUUUCUACGUAAAUGUUGUGAAGGGGCAGGUAUAAAUUUUGAGGAAGAAUUUGGUGAGCAGCCUCAACCAGUGAGCCCUGAAAUUGCCAACAGCCCAGCACCUUCUGUACUUGCUGAUACGGACAUACCACCCAUCGAUGACAUUCCAGAGCAGGCCCGAGUUCAAUUGAACCAAACAAACACCCCAUCUUCUCAGGAUAACAAGACUGGUACACAUUUAAUUUCUUUGCUAAAUGAACUAAAGUAAGGUGCAAAGGUACAAAACAAAUCCCAGAAAGAUUUUCUCUUGCUUUUACAAUAACUGCGCUUUCCUUUUUAGUGGAUAAACUUCUGUUGCUCUUCAUUCCUAUUGCACCUACAUCUGAUCUUGAUGUAUAAACAGAUGAAUGAAUUUUAAAUACUAAUUUGUAACUUGCUUAUAUUACAGAUCAUCAAGCAUUCAGGCGUGGACAAACGGUUGUCUUUGUAACUGAUGAAAACAGGGAACCAACCAAGGGAAUGCUCAUCAACUUGACACCUAGGAAGAAGCAUGUAACAAUAGCCACUACCUCUAAAGAUCGACCAGUAAUUGUUCCUCUUAACUGCCUGAGGGAACCACCACCUUUGCCUCUUAAAGACCAAACAUUUGUCAUAUCGGGUAGUCUUGUGGAACGUGGUGAUAAAGAGAAGCUCACAACAGAAAAGGUUACUUUUAUUAUUGAAAAGCUGGGCAGCAAAGUUUGUACUGGUGAUGUUCAAAAAGCAGCAGAUGCCUCGUUUGUUGUUAUUACACCCCAAAAAGAACUAAAUAAGGCAACACAUAAAGUGAAUAAGACUCUCAUCAUGGCCUACCGCUUAGGUUGGCAAUUUGUGUCCAAGACAAAGGUUAUUGAGGCACGGGACAGUAACAUUAUUCCAUCAAUGUCAAAUCAUUUACUUGACCUAACAGCCAUCAGAAAUGCUCCUGAUACAGAUGUGGUUCGCAUCAAGUUUUUUUCAAAAUCAGCAAUGAUAAACAACCAUCAAACUGUUAGGGGUCACAGGGAACUGAAAAAACAGUUAAGAAUAGAUUCCAACUAA